AUGGAGUUAAUUCCUAAACCAAUUAAAGGUAGCCUGAAGAGAUACUGGAGAAGACAACGGUACCAGCGGCUCCAUGGAUCAAAAACAAGCAGAAAGAACGUAAAGAUCGUGAGGUUGGGAGACAGCCCAAGUAGAGUUUGGAGGCUGAGAGCAAUCCCAAAGCUGCGGUUGAAGAUUGUCUCACCUUUGAGGCUCUGGAUAAAGCUGAAGAAUGCUUAUAUGAACACCAUGCUUAGCCUGGCAGGCAACGUCGGCCACUUGAGUAGUAGCAACGUUUUCGGUGGAAGGCGCAUUCCAAAGGCUCGCCAAGUUUCCCUAAAGUAUUCGUCUGAAGAAAUUGAGAAUCGGCUGAUUAUUGAGAUUUAUAAGGCCCUGGCUUCUCGCGAAUUAACUCCCAUCUAG